UUCAAAUCAAAUUCUCUCUCAAAUUAUCAAAUCCAUUUCAAAAUUCCAUAUGGCACGAACCAAACAAACCGCCAGGAAAUCCACCGGAGGAAAGGCUCCACGUAAGCAACUGGCCACCAAGGCGGCAAGGAAGUCGGCACCGGCAACUGGAGGAGUGAAGAAGCCGCACAGAUUCAGGCCAGGAACAGUUGCGUUGAGAGAGAUCAGGAAGUACCAGAAGAGCACUGAGCUUUUGAUCAGGAAACUCCCAUUCCAGAGGCUCGUGAGGGAAAUCGCUCAGGAUUUCAAAACCGAUCUUCGAUUCCAGAGCUCUGCCGUUGCCGCUCUUCAGGAAGCUUCAGAGGCGUACCUUGUUGGUUUGUUUGAAGAUACUAAUUUGUGUGCGAUUCAUGCUAAGCGAGUCACUAUCAUGCCCAAGGACAUGCAACUUGCUCGUCGUAUCCGUGGCGAAAGGGCUUAGAUAUUUGGUUUAUUGGUUAGUAAUGGUCUUAUGAAAUUAGUGGUAGAUCUGUGGUGGUUUAAGUUUUAGUAUUUCUAUAUAUGUGUUUAACGAGUAGUUUUUUUAAUUUAGAUGAUGUGUAUGUGGAAAUCAGUGGUUAUCAAUCAAUGAAAUCAGAUAUUAGCUUA